ACUGAACACUUUACUUCGUCUUUAUUAUUUUUAUCAUAAAUAUUUUAAUAAUUGAUUUAAUUUGUGUUCGUCAAAUGUAAUAUAUUAAUAAAAAAAACUAAUACUUCUGUUCAUAUAAAAAUAUGUUAUUUUUUACAAAAUUUUUACUGUGAAAAAUGUAGCUUGACACAAACGCUGAUUGAGAUUCCCCAUGAAACUUAACAAAUAGUGUACGCAAUCGACAAAAUAGUAGUAUAAUGAUUUGCAAAAUAACUUGAUUUAACAAAAUAAAAUUUAAAAACUUUGAUGAAUGAAAUAAUAAGAAAUCAGGUGUUUUUGAGUUGAAAAAAAUAAUAAAGGAAGAUAACACUUAUAUAAAAUGGACUUAAAAUAAGAAAAAAUUGACGUGGUAAAAAAUGUGAUGCGAUAACACUAUGUUUUUAAUUAAACAAACAGAUUUAGCUUUAGAAAAUAUAAUUCACAUUAAUCAACCCACAAAAUGCUCACAUUCAGCAACUACAAUGAAACAAGAAGAAAGUCAUAAUUUUACGCAUACUGAAAAUGGCAGUAUAUCCACGCAAACUUCUAAAAGUUCAAAUGAAUGUAUCAGUAGUGAAAAUACAAAUUGUGUUGCAUCGAGAGUUUCAUCCUCUUUUGAAAGUCCUAGUUCACCAAAUCAAAACAUUAUAAUUCCUAUGAGUCCACAUGAUGCUACUAUAAAUCUCAAGAAAACGGAAAAAAAUGGAUCAAAACAAGAUAACACAUAUUUAACAAGCAGAGCAAAUAAUAACAAUACCCCAGCUAUUACAGGAGACCGUUUGCAAUUCUUUAAAGAUGGAAAAUUUAUCUUGGAGUUAGCACGUGCACGCGAAGGCGAUAAAAUUGGAUGGGUAUCUGUACCACGAAAGGCAUAUUGGCCUCCUAGAGUUCUGUCUAGCAUAAGUGGUAAUUUUAAAAACAAUAUCAGCAAUGCAUCAUUUAGUUGCUCUGAUGAUAAUAGCUCUGCUCAAUCAUCACCAUACUCGCAACGUGAUCAUCAUUGGAAGAAGAAUAUUCCGAAAAAACACGUUUCAAAGGAAAUGAUUAUGUUCUAUUACCGUCCUAUAAAAGUUAUUAAAUUUUCAAAUGAAGUUAUGAAAUCUGCAAAAAGAAAGCACCGUAGACCUUACGAUGAAAGCAAAGUAAGUGUUACGAUAAUCAAAAACGAAAAAGAAUUGAAGACGCAGAAGGAAACCUCAAACACAAAUAAAUGUUUCAUAAAUGAUAUACAAAAACUUAAUGUUGUAAUAAACAAAGAAAAGACUGGUAGAAAGCUGGAUAUUAUCAUACAAAAAUUGAAAAGUAGAAUAAACUCAGGUCUAUUAAGACUUAAUCAUAUAAAUGUUUCACAUCAUCAACAUAUCUCACCAAGAAAACGAAUACUCAGAGAAUUUGAAAAGGUAUCUUUAGAAGACACUCAAAAACUCUACAAGCGAUCUCGAUGUAAGACUGGUGCCUCAAGUAGUUUAAAUGGACAAUCACUUGUUUGUAGUACUAAAUAUUCAUCUGCAUUACCACAAUCACUACAAUUAACAACCUCUAUGUCUAAAUGUAACCAAAUAGAUAUGAAAACUAAGACGCAACCAGUUAAUUCUUUGAGUUCAAGUUCUACUACUACUACUAAGCAGGCAAAUACAGAGCAUUCAAACACUUCAAAAUGUCAAUUAGCAUCACAAUAUCGAAUUUCAAGUUACAGUAUCACAUCAUUGCUUGGACAUGAAUCGUCAUCAUCAUCAACAAAAAAAAAACAACAAACUAAUGUUACAAGUUUUGAUGAACAAAUAACUUCGAAAGACGAUACUUUAGGCUCCAACACACAAGAUAUCUUGGAGCAAACAUUUAAGUAUGGUAAUUCCACAUCCGUACCAAUACAAAAAGGAAAUGCUACUUUGUCUGCUGAUAAUAAAAUUAAAAGUAGUUAUUUGUCAGAAACAUCUCAUUAUCAACAUACUUCAGUAUCUCCAUCACAUAGAUACUCACCAUUAUUAGGAUUGCAAAAUAGAAGACCACCACUAGUCCUCAAUAAGAGUAAGGUUCAUUCUCCUACAAGAAACAUAAACACUAGUCGUCAGCAUAGCUCAAGUUUAUCUCCUAUUGUUGAAUCCGGUAUAAGAGCACUGCCAAAAAAAGGCAUUUGUUAUCAACAACAAUUUCAACAAGAUGAUGCAUUCAACACAGACAGCUCAAAUGGAAAAGUAGAACUAACUAUUAGAAAAGAAGAAAACAUUGAACAUAAUUUAAAUAACAUGUAUCACCCUGUAUCAUCCCCUUUUGUUCAAUCGAAUACGUCAUCUUCAAUGUAUCCAUACAUGUUCACACCCCAAACAUCUUUUCUUAAUACAUCUUUCUCAUCGUACUAUCAAUAUGCUGCAGCAACUAUGUACAGAAAUCCAUUAUGGAUGCAUUAUCCUGCUUCUUUAGUAGGUCAAUCACCUGUUCCAAUCUUAGAACAAUUCAAUGUUUCACAUAAUCCAACCUGGGUUCCUAUGGAGCAAACUUUGGCUACAAAUAAAUCUAAUAACACUGGAGAAGAAUCUGAAGCAUUUAAAACAAAGGAUGAACAAAGCUCUGAUGUUCCAUUAAAUUUAUCGAGACAUUAAUUUACAAAAUUUAUUAUAAUAAAUAAAACUUAGUAUUAUGGUUUAUUUUUUUAUUAUUAGAAUGUAUCAUAAAAAGUUUCAAAGCGAUCAGUAACUUUUUUUGAGUAAUU